CGGGGAAGUUGAAGCGCAUCCUGCUCUCAGGGUAGAUAACACUCACACUUCCCACUUUUGAAUGAGAAAGUGAGACAUCAAGACGCGAGAAGGCAAAGAGGGACACGCUGCUCCUCUUUGUGAGAGAACAACCUUGCAAAAGACACGGGGCGUUUUUCCACCUGGCGCAUUUAUUAAUGGAACAAAUGUGGAUCCACGCAGAGAGGCCAAGCGGGGCAUGGCUUUAAACAAACUCCUGCUGCUCUGGAUGGUAGCCUCUGAGCUGCGGGAUGCUGAGACCAAACCCAUAGAUUUUGUGUGUAAUAGAACCGCCAGGAGGGCCAUGAAUGCUGCAGCAGCAGAGAUGGCGAAUACAUUGAGUAACUGUAACGCCUUGGUGACGCUCGCCACACCAGUUCAGCUGCCCUGUGUCGCGCUUCACAAAGCCUCAUGGGAAAACACCUCUCACAAGCAGAAGAGAGACGACAUAGCUGAUUCGCUAAGGCAUCUUAGCAAUGGCAUAAAGGUGGCGAGGGUCCAAACCCAACCAGGAUGUGUCUCUUCUCUGCUUCAGAGACUGGAGCGCAGUGCCAGCAACUAUGUGCACAUUCUCACAAACCUUGAUCUGAGUCAGGGGCCAGUGGAGAGCCCAGCGUCGACCUGCGUUCCUCAAAGCAGCAGCAGUCUGAGCACUGUCCUGAGGGCCUACACCCGGCUGAUCUCAGGCAAGCUGGAGGCGCUCAUGGAAAAGCUGGUAGACAAAUGCCCUCCUCAGUGAAACACAACGACUUACCGGGCGCCUCAUUCUUCCCAAAGGAGACGAUUUAGUCCAUGGGUGACAGAGGUCAUCAAAGGUCAAACAAUUUCCCCAUCACCUUUCACUGCAUUAGCAUUUGUGAGCAGCCGGCCUUUGUGCAGUGUGAUGUUUAUGUCCUAACUGGAAAUAGAUGCUUUUCAGGCGGCCGUUAUGUUCCGGGGAUCUACAGCCAGAUACUACAACAGUUUUAUUCCUGCAGUGAUGAGCAUCACACAGAAAACAGUGAAUUGUAGGAAACUAUUUC